GGAGCCACAGCCGGUAGUCGGAGCCAGAGCCGGGGCCACAUCGGCGGAGCCUGGGAGAGCGCCGUCGAGCCGUGCCGAGCCGAGCAGGUCCUGUAAGUGAAACAAGAUGGGGUCCGGCUGCAUAAAAGUCACCAAGUACUUCCUCUUCCUCUUCAAUCUCCUGUUCCUUAUCCUGGGUGCUGUGAUCCUGGGGUUUGGAAUAUGGAUUCUGGCUGACAAAACGAGUUUCAUUGCAGUUCUACAGAUGUCAUCUCCUUCCCUGAAGACUGGUGCAUACGUCCUCCUUGGUGUUGGGGCUCUCACCAUGCUGAUGGGGUUCCUGGGCUGUCUCGGAGCAGUCAAUGAAAUUCGAUGUCUCUUGGGUCUGUACUUCACCUGCCUCUUGGUAAUCCUCAUAACACAGAUUGCUGCAGGACUGGUCAUCUACUUCCAGAAAGAAACACUGAAAAAAGAGUUGUCCCGCAUAGUUGGAAACCUGAUUGAAAAUUAUGACCCUUUGAACAAUGAUGGGAGGAACCUACAAGAUGCAUGGGACUAUGUGCAAGCACAGAUUGCCUGCUGUGGCUGGAGUGGGGCAAAGGACUGGGAAAGCAAUGAGAUCCUUAUCAACCAAAGCAUGACUGCCUAUCCCUGCUCCUGCUCCAAUAGCUCUGAGGACCUUCAGAUGGAUAGUGGUUUCUGUAAUCUGGAUGGCCCCUUCAACGACAACGUGACGUACGCGGACUGGCCUGUUCAUGAGCAGGGCUGCAUGGAUGGUGUAGAGAAGUGGUUGAAGGACAACCUUGGUGUGAUUCUGGGGGUCUGCACAGGUGUUGCUGUUAUAGAGCUGCUGGGGGUGAUACUGUCGAUUUCGCUCUGCAAGAGCAUACACAGUGAAGACUACACCAAAGUGCCCAAGUCUUGAGUUGGAUGACUCCAGAGCUACAGCACCACAGAGAAAGGAGCAAACAGAACAUUCCUGCCUCGUACCCAGACUGUCCAACCAUUGACCAUAGUUCCUGUGACAUCCCAUUCCUGAUACCACUGUGCUAAGAACUGUUAGAGCUGCAAUACAGCCUGAUCUUCUGGCAGAAGACACCCGUCUUAGCAGUAAAGCUUGCUAGCUUUUGUAGCACAAAGUCUAUUCUCUGAUGUGUUCUGGUUUGUAAGAUUCUUGUUCAGUUACAGAUGCCAAUGUAAGAAGGAGCCCAUGCUGGGUUUCCCUUUUUGUUUUUUGUUCUUUUUUGUCUGUUUUUAGCAACAUCUUCCUACUGGAAGAAAUGCAUGUACAGAUACAAAAGUCUAGAGGAUGAAUAUUUCUGUAAUAAAGACUUUGCUAAAAAAAAAAAUA